AUAAACUCUAGUGUAGGCCAAGAUCUGCUUAUGAUUUAUUUAUUCUUUUGGGAUCAUGGCCUGGGGUUGAUGGGUUUAUGCAUAGCAGGCAAUCGGGGUUCUUUCUCUGGGAAGCUCUGACACGAAGCCCUUAGCCCUUGUCGUCUUUACCUCACUAUGGAUAGAUUUCGUCUCUCCAACCCUACACCCCUUCAGAGAAAUUUGGCAGAGAGGUAUUUGGGAACAGAAGAAUGGAAAAAGGAUCUAGGCAUGGUGGCACAGUCCCUUCAUGGCAGCACUGGGGAGGCAGAGGCAAACUGAUCUCUGUGAGGCCAGCGAGAUCUAGUGAGUUCCAGGGCUGCAUAGUGAGACCCUGCCUUUAAAGAAAGAAAGAAAGAAAAAGGAAGGAAGGAAGGAAGAUGAGAAAAGAAAAAAAUGGAAAAGGAGUUGAAAUCGGAGGUAGCGGGGAAUGGGGGUUACAGGAAUACAAGUCAGAACAGGUACAACUGACUGAGUUAAUGUGCAAUGAGAUAGGAAGGGGGCACGAGAGCACACAAUACACACCCCUCACAUACAAAGAUACACAGAGAAAAUGCACUGGAACUAUUGCAUUUGAAAGGUUUCAUCAAUGGAGUUCUUUUAAAAUAAUCAUGAAAUAAAAGUCCAAAGCAUUGAUGUUGCAUUUCUGGGUUCUCAUCAAUUAAUGAGUACCUCCCAAAACAGAUUCAGAAAAAGUCUCUGCCCUCCUGCUCCCAACCUCAGCAGUUACAAGGCUCUGUCCAAAUAAAGGUCAAAGGUGCUUGGUCAUUUGAUCACCUUAUCAGUUAGGCCCUGGCCCUUGUCCCAGCUCUAAUUGUGUGGGAGGACAGAGGUACAUUCCCUAGGCUCAGAGCUCUCCAGUGGAAUCAGCUAAGGGGAUACUGAAAAAGUUCCUAUCUCUCACCGGUGUGUCCCCAAAGCUUGCCCUGUGUACACUGUAACAUUACUCAGAGGUACGGGGGAGGAAGUGUGGAAACCAGUCAAGGACCACGAAAUCUUGCCCCUUUCCAGCUGUCUCGCGGGGGAGCUCUAGGGCCACAUGACUGCUCGCCCCUGGCCCUGGGGACAGAGUGUAACUUCAGGCUGUAGUCGUAUUCCUAGAUUCUCUUUUUCUUUUCUGCAAAGCAGUACUAACUAGAGAGGGCAGAUGCUUGAGGAACUGGUUCUGCCCACGACCCGCUCCUCUGCCCACUCUCACAGCCAUCAUGUGAACUCCAGAGGGAGGCGGGAGUAGUGGUAGGGUUCUGUUUUCUAGGAGAGAGCUGUGUUUGUGAGUAGCAGCCUUGGAGGUAUGUGGAGGGCGGUGGGGAUUCCCUGGCGGCUUUCAGGAAGGUGGAGGGUACUGUGAACUACGUCUUCUCAGUCUUUAGCAAUCCUUCAUAAAAUACGUCUCCAAACUCAAACUCUAGUUUCACUUUUCUCACGUCCGGGUUAAGGCGCUCCAGUGGUCCAAGCGACAAAAUGCUCCCUCUAGUGUCUUGAAUGCUCACAAGUUUAUUUCGACCUUGAAGAGGCUGGGCGAUCUUAGUGAGGCGGCCUUCGACCCAAGUCUAAAGGGCCACCCACAAACUCCCACUCGCCAAUGCAGCACCGGACUGAAGCUCUGGGGCUGUCAGGCCUGCCACUCUUCUGUUUCCUACUCUCCCAUUGGUCAUUGGGAAAUCGAGGCACCUUUUUUCAUCAUUGGGUGGGCUGGGUCUUUGAGCGCUUCCUUUGCCCAGUUCCAAGAUGGCGCCCGCGACUAUGCUGGGAAUACAGGCUGAAGCUGUAGUUCUGCCAUUACUCAAGAUGGCUGCCCCAUCAAGAUGACCGGGGUGUGCCUAGGGGAAAGGGGCAGCAGGAUGGUCUGAGAUGGUAAGGGCUCAUUUUCCAUUGCGAGCAGAACCUUGGGACGUGGGAUGAGGAAGAGAGAAACUAGGACGUUAGCUGAAGCCUGUGGUCGUGGGUAAGACUAGAUACUGGGGGAGCGGACAUGGGUGACAGGUGGGGGCGAGGGAUCAACGAUGGGCGGGAAUGUGCCUGGGAUUCAAUUUUCCCAUAGAUGCGCUUUCCCCCUACUGUUCCUUUUGCAGGUCUAGCAUCGAACUAUAUGGAAGUUUCUGAAACCGGGGAGCCUGAUGAUGGGGGGUGGAGCCCGUGGGGGAUAGAGGGAGCGAUAGUUUUCCCAGCCUAACCCCGACCCCUCCCUGUCCUCUGGACUAAAAUGGGGAACACCCUGGGCCUGGCACCGAUGGGGACCUUACCCCGCCGGGGCCCCCGUCGGGAGGAACCGCUGCCCAACCCCGGGAGCUUCGAUGAGCUGCACCGGUUGUGCAAAGAUGUAUUCCCAGCACAGAUGGAGGGCGUGAAGCUGGUUGUCAACAAGGUUCUGAGCAGCCAUUUCCAGGUGUCUCAUACUGUGCACAUGAGUGCACUGGGCUUGCCAGGCUAUCACCUCCAUGCCGCCUAUGCAGGGGACUGGCAGCUUAGCCCCACAGAGGUGUUCCCCACUGUGGUGGGGGAUAUGGACAGCAGCGGCAGUCUCAACGCCCAGGUCUUGCUUCUGCUGGCAGAGCGGCUGCGAGCUAAGGCUGUCUUCCAGACACAGCAGGCCAAGUUCCUGACGUGGCAGUUUGAUGGCGAGUAUCGGGGAGAUGACUACACAGCCACUCUGACCCUGGGAAAUCCAGACCUGAUUGGGGAAUCAGUGAUCAUGGUUGCUCACUUCCUACAGAGCAUCACUCAUCGGUUGGUGCUAGGAGGAGAACUAGUUUAUCACCGGCGACCAGGUGAAGAGGGCGCCAUCUUGACUCUGGCUGGGAAGUACUCAGCUGUACAUUGGGUAGCCACACUGAAUGUUGGGUCAGGUGGGGCCCACGCCAGUUAUUACCACAAGGCAAACGAACAGGUUCAGGUUGGAGUGGAGUUUGAGGCAAAUACAAGGCUACAAGAUACAACCUUCUCCUUUGGUUACCACCUGACUCUGCCCCAGGCCGAUAUGGUGUUCAGAGGCUUGGUGGAUAGUAACUGGUGUGUUGGUGCUGUGCUGGAGAAGAAGAUGCGCCCCCUUCCUGUCACCCUAGCCCUCGGAGCCUUCCUCAAUCACUGGCGCAACAGAUUCCAUUGUGGCUUCAGCAUCACUGUGGGCUGAGGUUGUCCUGGAGGCGGCCUCCACAGCAGCUGGAACCUUUGAGUCAGAUGCGCGAGCAAGGACCGGAGCCUAGCUAGGUCCCUCCCAGGCCUACCUUGCUGGAUGACUUCUAGAUCCCAUGGGCAGAGUGGGGGACAGGACGAUGUCCUCUUCAGAACUGGAACUGCCUCACAGUCAUUUUCCAAGUAGGCCAUGGUUUGAGGUUCCCAAUUCUGCCAUCAGCCCCAGUAUAAUUUUCCACAAGCUAUAUGGCUCUGGACUAAAGAAGGAUUAAGGGAUAUGUCUGGCUCCCCUCACCCUACUUUCUUCAUUAUUUUUGUUUGACUAAGAUAUCAGCUCCUUCUUCAGAGCAGAAAAAUCUGCAUGAAAAUAGGGAGAAGAAAAAAAAGUUUCCUAUCCCAAGUUUCCCGUUUUUCCAUUCCUCAGCCUCCCCAGGUUGGGAAAGUAGGGUUAAAGAGCUAAAUCUUUGGUCAGGCAAAGACCAAAGAAGGGGCCCACCCAUCCCCAGAAGGAACUUUACCACCUAGCCCUGACCCUUCCUUCUUUCCCAUCUUCCGUGUUUCCGGAGAACAACUUUGGCCCAAUGGUCACCCCAACCCCCAACCCUCUGCCCUCCACCCCCUCCAUAACCCACUGAUGGAUGACCACACAGACAGUUGCUAUUCAGCGUUUCAUUGCCACCACUGAGCCCUUUCUGCUGGUUCCCAUCUCGGGUACCAGCAAUUUCCCUGUUCCAGCCCAGUGUAUCCGAGGGGGUCUGUGGAAGAAUUUGAGCCAGGGCCUCAGCUGCAGAUUUCCCCAAGCAGCGGCAUCAUAGCAGACAGUCCUUGGAUGCGAUGUAUUUCGUAUGAGUAUGUAUUGUUUAUACUCCGGAGCUCAGCCAACAGGCCCAUCAGCUUCGCGUACAGAAACCUUUGGAGAAAGUAGCAGGGAGAUAAGGCAGCUGGGAGUCUUGUCUUGAGAGCCUCAUCCCCUGAACUGCCCCUCAGAGAGGCUAAGUUUAUACAUUAGAAAAUCAUGCUCUGGAUGGCACAUACUAUAUUUUCAGAAAUCUCCAAGAAGGGAGAUUAAUACUGUCUUCCUUUUUUGUGCCUAGUUUUUCCUGAACGCAGGGCUUUGAGGUCAAGUGCAAAGAGAAUACUAGACUUGGCUAAAAUAUCAACUGGGUAGAAUCUGAACAAGGAGCCUCCUAGAUUGAGUUCUAGAAGGCGGGUGUGUUGUUCUGUGGGAUAAAGCUUCUCCCUCUUAGCAAACUGAUUGAUCAAGGAGUGAGCAGAACGAAAGCAGUAUAAACUUCCUAGCCUGGACUUCGAACUACCUAGAGGCUCUGUUCAUGAAACUGUGAAUGAGAACAUAACAUCAAUGGGACCGAAAACUUCAAGGAACUGAUACAAUGAAGAGGAAGAAUGGGCAAGACUUUGACAUUUUUGUUGUAGUUUGGAAAAGUUGGAGAGGUGAGGUGAUGGAUGUUACCAAUCUCAGGAAUGCUAUUACACACAGGCUAUGAGCUCCUACUUUGCAUCUCUACUGAAUAAAAAAAAAAAAAAAAAAAAAUCUUGGAAAA